AAAGAAGAAGGAAAUAUGAAGAAGCCCAAGAAAAGGAUGGAGUGCUGUGGAUAUCCUCUCAGUAUAUUUUUUAUUGUGGUGAAUGAGUUCUGCGAGCGUUUCUCCUACUAUGGCAUGAGAGCUGUGUUGGUGCUGUACUUCAGGUACUUUCUGCACUGGGAUGACGAUUUUGCCACGACCAUCUACCACACGUUUGUAGCUCUGUGCUAUCUAACACCCAUACUGGGGGCCAUAAUCGCUGACUCAUGGCUGGGCAAGUUCAAGACUAUCACAUACCUAUCCAUAGUGUACACCAUUGGUCAGGUGGUCAUGGCUCUCAGUGCCAUCCAUGACUUCACAGACUACGAUAAAGAUGGCACUCCAGAUAACAUGACUCUACAUAUUGCCUUGUCCAUGCUGGGGCUCAUAUUUAUUGCCUUGGGAACAGGUGGGAUUAAACCCUGUGUGGCAGCGUUUGGAGGGGAUCAGUUUGAAGAUCAUCAGGAGAAACAAAGAAGUACUUUCUUCUCCAUUUUCUAUCUGUCCAUAAACGCUGGCAGUCUUCUCUCCACUCUCAUCACACCAAUUCUGAGAGCUCAGGAGUGUGGUUUCCACACUAAGCAGAAAUGUUACCCACUGGCUUUCGGAGUCCCGGCGGCUCUCAUGGUGGUUGCCCUCAUUGUGUUCAUCGUAGGGAAAGGCAUGUACGUCGUGGAUGAACCUAAGGGAAACGUCCUGCUGAAAGUCAUGAAAUGCAUUGGAUUUGCAAUUAAGAACCGUUUCAAGCACCGCAGUAAGAAUUUCCCAAAGAGAGAACACUGGAUGGACUGGGCCGAAGAGAAAUAUGAUAAACUCCUGAUUGCUCAAGUGAAGAUGGUAUUGAAGGUUAUGUUUCUCUACAUCCCGCUGCCAAUGUUCUGGGCUUUAUUUGACCAACAGGGUUCCCGCUGGACUCUCCAGGCCACCACUAUGGAUGGUGACUUUGGAGCUUUUGUCAUUCAGCCAGAUCAAAUGCAGACCGUGAACCCUAUUCUGAUUGUGAUUAUGGUGCCGAUCAUGGACAAUUUAUUGUACCCACUUAUCAAAAAAUGCCAUCUUAACUUCACGCCCCUACGGAAGAUAACUGUGGGUAUGCUGUUGGCUGCAUUAGCAUUUGUGGCUGCUGCUCUUUUGCAGAUUCAAAUUGACAACUCACUGCCCAGCUUCCCAUCCCCCUCUGAAACCCAAGUCAAGUACCUGAACUUACAGAAUAGUCAUCUGCAAGUUGCAGUGGCUGGACAAGAACCAUUUGUUGUGCCUAGUUUUCAGACCUCAGGUGAAUAUAUGACUUAUAAGAAAGAGAGCUUUACUGUCUCUGUUAACGGAGAAACCGCUGUUACUGCUGAGUUCAGGAAAGGAUCCAGACAAACUGUUUCAAUUAACGCUUUUGGAAUCCACGCGAUUCUUGAAGAUUUAUCUGAAAAACCACUGGAUGGUAAUAAUGCUAUUAGGUUUUCGAAUGCCCAUCCCACAAAACUAAACAUCACAUCAAAGUCUUUCGAACUGGAUUUUAUCUCUCCGUUUGAAACAUCAAACUACUCCUUGGUUGCUCAGGGCAAAGCCCUCUUCACUAUUAGGAACAUGAACGGAGAUGCAUGCAGCUGCACCAUGGAGUUGGGCUUUGGUAGUGCCUACACGGUCGUGGUCCCCAGCAACUUCACUUUUGGAGAAAACUGCGCAGACUACAUUAUACCAAUAGAGGAUAUACCGCGCAACAGAAUCCACAUGGCCUGGCAGAUCAUCCAGUACUUUGUGUUGACAUGCGGAGAAGUGGUCUUCUCUGUCACUGGCCUGGACUUCUCCUAUUCACAGGCACCAAGCAACAUGAAGUCAGUUCUUCAAGCUGGUUGGCUAUUUACUGUUGCUGUGGGCAACAUCAUUGUGCUCAUCGUGGCUGAGGCAGGCACACUUCCAGAACAGUGGACAGAGUACCUGCUGUUCGCCUCACUCCUGGUAGCCGUGAGUAUAAUCUUUUCCAUCAUGGCUUACUUCUACACCUACAUUGACCCGGCGGAGAUUGAGGCUCAAUUUUUAGAGCACGAGCCAGAAGACAAGGAGAAGAAAGCGCUUGAGAUGACAAGGCGAGACUCUGUUUCAAGCUCACACAGCAAGAAGUCAGAGGGCAAACAGACGAAAAUCUAGAUCCCUCACUUCCUCUUCCUCCUGCUGUAAUUGUAUUAAAAGUGUUGGUAUCUGUUUCACUGUACUGCUGAUCAAAGAGUUUGAUUUGCCAUUUUCUUAACAUGGUUAGGCUCAGAAAGUCAUUAUGGUAGAAAAGCUGAUCCUAAAUCAGCCCAAAAAUAAAUUCCAAGAAAAGUCCAAAUCUACACGGAAUGGUGUGUUUAGGAUGGCUGACAGGGUCAGUAGGUUUGGUAGUGUUAAGUUUAAUGUUAAAGUGGUCAAGUGGCACUCUCAGAUGUGUUGGUGACUUUGCAGGUGGUCGUAUUUAUUAGUGUAUUAUGUUACUAUCAAUUAGUAGAUGAAUAGAAACAAGUGUUGCCUUUUUUAGGGGGGAAAAGCAGGCAAUGCAAUGUAGCACUGCCAUGGAAAACAAUAAAACAGCAGACUGAAUUGAAGACAAACAAUUUGAAGUGGAAAUGCAACAAAUUGCUAUUAAUUUCCUUCUUUUAUGCUAAUCGAGCAACACUUGUUUCGGUAAUCGUGUAUUGAACCUUUCAGAAAAAGUCUAAAGUGAUAUAAUGUGUCUUUAUUAAACAUUCAUCUAUGAUAAGUAAUGGGUAAGACAUGGUACUGUGAAGAGUUUUAGUAAAUGGAAUUCAUUUUGCACCUUGUAGUUAAAGGAAUAUUCCAUGUUCAAUACAAAUUAGGCUCAAUCGACAGCAUUUGUGACAUAAUGUUGAUUACCACAAAAAAAUAUUUUGACUUGCCCCUCCUUAAAAACAAAGUCUGGGGUUCAGUGAGGCACUUAAAAUGGAAGUGAAUGGGGCCAAUCUGUAAACAUUAAAAUUCUCACUGUUUCAAAAGUAUAGCCACAAGACAUAAACAAUGUGUGUUAACAUGAUUUUAGUGUGAUCAAAUCGCUUACUAACCUUUUCUUUGUAAAGUUACAGCCAAUUUUACAACUUUGUUGCCAUGAUGAUGUAACGUCAACCAACCCUAAACCCUGAAAUGACUGUAAAAAUGAUGAUUUAAAUAACUUUACAGCCAAAUAAUAUGUUUUAACAGAAUUCAUGUAAAUGCUUUUAUAAAAUAAGUUUCACAUUUCUACCUUUAAACCUCCAAAAAGUGGCCCCAUUCACUUCCAUUGUAAGUGCCUCACUGUAACAAUUUUUUUCCUAUCUUUUUUUAAAGAAAAGGAGGGAUGAGUCUAAAUUUAUUUUUGUGGUAAUCAAUAUUAUACCACAAAUGCUGUCGAUUGAGCUUAAAUUGUAUUGAACCCAGAAUAUUCCUUUAAUGCUGUUUUUUUUUUGUUUUUUUUGUUUUUUUUUGUGGACUAGAUUUGAAUGAUUUGGGGUUACUAUAAGGAACUGCCAAAUAACUAUUUU